CCUAACCAGCCUAAACAGAAUUUUUGUGCAAUCAUGUAACUGUAACGACAGUUAACCUCACCACAGUCACAUUACGGUUACAGUUUCACGAGAUGAAAUUUAAGCUUGACAUGGAAAAUUGGGAUAUCCCCUACAUAAAAAAGCAGAGUGUAUGUGAGUAUGUUUUCAACAGGAGGCGCAGCGCCUCUCAUCGAGUAAAAUGUCUGUUUCUGCUUGAGCCGUGUUUCUUCCUGCUCUGACGCUGGGCUGCCCUCCCAUCAGAAACUAAAACAAAGAUGACAAGGCCGCUACUUCUGUGUAUGUGUCCGGAUCAGGGAGUCGUAGGAUAUCUCCAAACAUCAUAUUAGCACACAAACCCGGCUGGUACUGAAGUGUCAACACGAUACAUUCCCGCCUGAAGUAGUCAGUCGGCGGCGGCAUGUCGCUGAGCUCAGGCGGGUGGACUCACACACCUCCGCCGGCCCAGUCUUCAUCGUCUCAUGUCGGCCAUGAGGCCUCGCAAUCGGUCUGCAGCACUGUUUUGAUGUCGGUGAAGGUGUCAGUAUGCCACUCAGGUAUACGACCGCUUUGUCUCCCCGGGGCCGGAGACGAUUCUCUCCGCCUACAGCUGAGCAUGGACCCGGGGAAGGCAGGGGAAUUCCGCCUCGCGUUACGGGACAUCAGCGGAACAGCGGCUGGACGCAGCGUGUCCAUUGCUGAGUUCGACCUCAAGACUGUUCUCUAUGAAGUCAAGUCCCCACAGUGCCAUGAACUGAGUUUGGCAACACCACCACACGAUCGUAUCACUUUCAACUUCCGCUGUGAGCAGGAAGCACAGGAGUGGGCCACUGUGGUGAUGUCAUCACUCCGUGAGGCACACAGAGUGGCGAUUUGUUCCUCCACUGAAGAAAGACAGCUACCUCCUCAGCCUCUGGAUACGCAGAGCAGUGCGCCCAUGCCACGCACAGAAGAGAUAUGUGCGGAGCUGGUUAGCGCAAUAGAGGCAGGUGAUGUUCGGGCGGCAUAUGUCUGUGCAUCAUCUUUAGCCAAACAGAAAGCUGCUCUGAGCAUUCAGCCAUCUAAACGAAAUUACACAGACACUGAAAUUAGCCUGGCUGUGGUAGUAGAAGAUGCAUCCUCUUCCUGUUGUGUCACAGUGAAAGUCAUCCCUCACUCCACAAUUGGUGCUCUCAAACAGCAGGUCUUCACAGACUAUGGUUUUCAUCCGCGCGUGCAACGCUGGGUCAUUGGCCAGUCUUUGUGCUCUGAUCACCGCUCUCUGGCUUCUUACGGAGUUCAGCAAGAUGGCGACACUGCGUUCCUUUAUCUAAUUUCUGCCCGUCAGGCCCGUCUCAGUCACGGGCUUUACCAACAAGAUCAGGAAAGUGCUUUGCUCAUGCCGGCUUUGGUGUCAACGACUAAUCAGCCCCACCAAGAAGCAGUUACCAAUGGGCCAACACUGAACACAGCCUCAAGACCAUACAGCACCCUGCCUACAAGACUUCAUAACAGCCAUAAUACCCUGAGUGACAGUGCGGGAGGUACAGAGAGGUUAGGUUUGGGUGAAAUUCGUGACCUCAUCAACCUUGAGCUGCCGCAGUUGAAUGAAGCCCUGGCGUCCAACAGAACAAGCACACAGCUGGGAUGGUCCUGCCCAACCUGUACAUAUAUUAAUAAACCGACACGUCCCGGCUGUGAAAUGUGUAGCGCAGACAGACCUGAAGGCUACACUGUUCCCGGCAACUACAGACCAGAUGCUGUGGAGCUAAGACGCAUUCAACAGGAAAAAAAAGCAAUAAGGCAGUACCAACAGGCCAGAGAAGCAGAACGCAGAGAGAACUUUGCACGUCUGGUGCGGAUAGACGGACAGGAUCUGGUUCCUAACCCAGACAGAGUGGAGUGCAGGAUCUGCUAUGUGGUGCUUGAACCUGGCGAGGGAGUCCUGCUCCGAGAGUGUCUCCACUUCUUCUGCAAAGAGUGUCUGCGCUCUGUGAUUCUGAUGUCAGAGGAUCCUCAGGUGGCAUGUCCAUACAGAGACGAGGCCUACGCCUGCGACUGCAUCUUGCAGGAAAGAGAAAUCAGAGCUCUGGUGUCAGUAGACGAUUAUGAGCGCUGGUUGCAGAGGGGUCUGUCUGUUGCAGAGUCUCGAUGUGAGGGCAGUUAUCACUGUGCUACAGCAGACUGUCCCGGCUGGUGUGUUUAUGAAGAUACUGUCAACACUUUCCACUGCCCAGUGUGCAGAAAACACAACUGCCUGCUCUGCAAGGCCAUUCAUGAAGGGAUGAAUUGUAAGCAGUAUCAGGAUGAUCUAACAGCUCGCGCCAUCGAUGACUCUGCAGCUCGAAGAACCAGAGACCUGCUGAAGACUCUUGUUAAUUCUGGAGAGGCGAUGCAUUGCCCUCAGUGCGGCAUCAUUGUGCAGAAGAAGGAGGGCUGUGACUGGCUUCGCUGUACUGUCUGCCACACUGAGAUCUGCUGGGUCACCAGAGGACCACGCUGGGGGCCCAAAGGUCCUGGAGACACAAGUGGAGGCUGCCGCUGCAAUGUCAACAAACAGAGAUGCCAUCCAAAAUGCCAGAACUGUCACUAAAGGGAAGAGCAGAGAGAAAGGAGGAGGUGGUCAAAACCCUGCUUCCAGGGAGUCCCACCUUGGUCGAAAUCUCGUUCCGGGGGGGGUGUGGGAUUUCGCGGACUAAAAAAAAACCAGUCCACGGCAGCAGUAUGAAAGUAGAUCAAUUCAUGGCAACACUGACGGACAUACACUUUGAGUGUGAGCUGACAUAUAUCAUCCACCU